CGACCAUAACAAGAUGUUUCAAACCAGCUCUUCUGACUGAACGGAUACUCACCGAUCCAGUUGCUGUUCCACCAAGUCGGGAUCUGUGUGGAUUCCUUAUGUGCUUGCUCAGUUGCAAUUGAACUCCAUGUAUGUGUCUUAGCUAUGGAUAUGUUUCUCUUUGUGAGAUGGAUAAUGUACAGAACUGGAAAGCCUCCGCCUGGGGUACUAGGAAACGGAUCCUUCUCUUUGGAUAAACGACAGUUGCAGUGGUUUGUUUUGUACUUCGUUUUAUAUUGUAAAGGUGUUCUGGCAGAAGAUAAAAUCCGUAUUCAACCAUUCCACUUGCCAGCUAAUGUAAAAGAAGGAUUAAAAGUUCAGAUAUAUUGUGGACUGCUAGAAGGAGAAGCUCCUGUGCAUUUCCAGUGGCAAAAAAACGGAGAAUCUCUAACUGCUAAUGAUAAUGUGGAUAUUAUGACCCAUCAGGAUUUUUCAAGGCUAGUAAUAAACAAAGUAGAUGUUGAAAGCUCAGGAAAUUAUACGUGUAUAGCAAAAAACAAUCGAGGUCAAGACGCGUAUUCAGCUCAUCUUGCUGUGAGAGGUCCACCGAAAUGGGUAAGGGAACCGACGGACAUCUCCACAUCAGUGGGAGAGGCAGUCACACUGACCUGUGCUACGUUCGGAUAUCCAACUCCUGAUGUCACUUGGAGGAAAGCCAACGAAUCUGCUCCCGACCAAUGGAUUCAUCUCACUAACAGCCAACAUAUAAGACUGGAAAACAACGGUUCCUUGACUAUCCUCAACGUGCAGAAUGACGACUCUGGACUUUACCAAUGCCAAGUCAGCAACGGUAUUGGAGAAGGUCUUAAGAAAACGGUUGCGGUUAGCAUCAAAG